UGUAUAUGGAAACCAACAUCAGGAAUGAUGUCAUUUAUAAACAGCUCUGACAGAAAUGCGACCGCUAGCGACAUGACAGCUACAGGCAAUGUGGGUAUGAACUGUACAGAUAUUUUAGCCCAUGUGACGAAGUAUUACCUACCUGUGAUGUACAGUUUUAUAUCAGCCAUUGGACUGACUGGGAAUAUUUCAGUAAUGUUUGCUUUCCUAUUUAAAACGAGGCCGUGGAAAAGCAGUUCAAUCAUAAUGUUAAAUUUAACAAUAGCGGACUUCUUAUAUCUUGCUACUCUUCCCUUUUUGGUUGACUAUUAUAUCAGUGAUGAAAUAUGGAAACUUGGAGACUUCAUGUGUAGGGUGAUUCGAUUUGGAUUCCAUCUGAACUUGUAUGGAAGCAUUUAUUUCAUGACAUGCCUGAGCAUAUUCCGUUGUUUUGUUGUAGUUCACCCAAUGAGGGCUCAGGAGAUGCAGGAAAAAAGGAAGGGUAUCAUUGUUUGCCUUGUUCUGUGGACUGUAGCCAUCAUACAAAUUAUCCCAAUGACUGCCAUGUAUUCCACUGAUGAAAUAAAUGGCUUAUCUGUCUGUUCUGAACUCAGCAGCAUACAUGACAUUGACACAGUCCGAUGGUAUGUCUGGCUUAUUACUAUCAUAGACUUUUUUAUUCCUUUGACACUUGUUACUGUCUGUUAUAUAAAGAUUGCUUUCAGUUUGUCCAGUGGACCUCAUUCACAAAACUCGCACAAGCACAAAGCUCGAUGUCUUUCAAUUGUCAUUUUAGUAGUUUUUAUUUUAUGCUUUUUGCCCUUUCAUGUUUUGAGAGUGCUUCGUAUUGAAACCAGACAACCACCAGUAGACUGGUGUCUUAAAAGAAAGGUUAAUGCUGCAUUCUUCCUCACAAAACCAAUAGUAGGACUAAACACACUAUUUAAUUUAGCUUUGUAUGCUCUAAGUGGAGACACUUUUCAUUGCACUAUUUUCUCAUUUCUUAAAUGUGAUGCUGGAUAUCCGCUGGAGCCAUGGAUCAUGACAGCAGUGAGAAAUCCAAGUGGAGCUGCUAAAGGCAACUAUUACACAACCCUGUCCCAGUGCCAUAUUGUCAUUGAGAGGGUUUUUGGCCUCUUGAAGGGUCAUUUUAGGUACCUAGAUAAGUUUGGGGGUGCUCUUCAGUAUGACCCAACUACUGUAUACAGGAAAUUUACUGCAUGUUGCAUUCUGUACAACGUGAUCGUGCAUUGGUCUGGUGGUGAAGUGACUAAUGGUGUCAAUGCAGCUUCCAGUUCCAGUCCUACUAUGACUAAUGGUGACCAGCCAGGAACAGUAGUAAGGGACCACAUAUGGCAGGCUCAUGCACGGUGUAUGCCUACACAGAUAAAGAGGCGGUACCUGGUCCAGAACUAUGGGCCAUGA